CUUGCACUUACCGGUGUAAUAAUAAACGGUGCAGACAGACAAUCUGCAGAUAGUUCAUACAUUUCUUUUUAAUAUCUUCUUGUUUCCGAAUUAGGGGUUAAAAGGCCAUAUUAUAGACGUUCAUUAAAUGGUUGGUAGUUAAGAAUGGCUGACUCAAUGAACAACUUGAUUUUACAAAAACUGGAAGAAUAUGGAGAUUCAGUCAUUGAAGGGAAGAGUAAGAAGAAAAAGAAUAAAGAUAAAAAGAGAGAUACUUGGAGUGUAGAUGACCACACCACAGUCUCAAAGUCAGCUCUGACAUCAAAUGUGUCAUGUAGUGAAAGACAGAAGAAAAGAAGAAAAAAGAAAAGGAAGGAAGAUAAAGAAGAUGAGAAUGAAAUAAAAGAAGUUGAAAGUGACAAUGAGCCUCAUUUGUCAGGUCAUGAGAGGAGGCUUCGGGAAAUGAGUGAACAGUUAGGCUUGGCCGAGUUCAAAUUAGAGAUGGAAAGAAAACAGAACAAAAAGGAAGAAGAAGAGACAAAGAAGACAAAUCAACCAGAAGUUGUUGUGUUCACAUCUCAUAAGUCCAAGAAGUCUAAGAAGGCUGAAGAAAAGAAAGAGAGAAUGGGAUCUUCACAUGGGCCAGAGUUUGAUAUGAGGCAGGCAAGGUUUGAUGUACAAAAGUUUGGUAUAAAAGGUUUCCAGGGCAACCAGAAAGAAGAGGCAAUGACUGCUCUUCUUAUAAAGUUAGGAGCCAAGCCACCUAAAAACAAGUAUGUAAACUACAAGGAAUAUCAAGAUAACAAGAAACAACAAAAGUUGGAAGAAAAACAGAAAAAGGAAAUGGAUAGAAAACUUGGAUACAAGAUUCCCAAAGCUAACAGAGGAAAGAAGAGGACACGUGACAAGAACGAUAUAGGACCUCUUGAUGGUCAAGUUGGAAUGUGGAAAUCUGGUGUACAAAUUGUGAAGAAGGAUGAUCUGAAAGGGUUUAAAAAGGCAAAAUUAAAAUGAUAAACAUAAUGUUGUCUUUAUACUUGAAUAAAUUGGAUUGUUAUCACAAACUGAA